CGGUUGGCAAUAGGAAGGGUCUAUUUUUAAUAAUAAAAAUUAUUUUUCAAAAUGGCGGUUUUAAUUAGGAAGUUAUUUGUGGGUUACAAUUUUUUGUUUGACGAAUUGGUUGAUACCAGAACGAAGGAAUGGCCGCUAGUAGCGAAGCCCUACCUUGUAAUGUCAAUGCUGGCCCUGUACCUUGUUUUCGUGUUCAAAUGGGGUCCUCAGUGGAUGAAGAAUAGAAAGCCCUUUAAUUUGGAACGUACCCUCAUCGUAUAUAACGCAAUACAAGUAGUUGCUUGUGCGUAUCUUUUUAUAGCCUCGGUACGGAUCUGGAUAUCUAAAUACAAGUGGAUAUGCGAACCACUUGACCCAACUAAUUCAGAAAGCGCCUUGGCGAUGGCCAGUUUGGUGUAUUAUUAUUUCCUUCUGAAAAUUGUCGACCUAAUGGACACGAUAUUCUUCGUGCUUCGAAAGAAGUUCAAUCAAGUAUCCUUCCUUCACGUGUAUCAUCACGCUGGUAUGGUAAUGCUUACGUGGGGUGUUGCUACUUAUUUACCAGGUGGCCACGGAACUAUGGUUGGCGUGAUCAAUACAUUUGUUCACGUAGUUAUGUAUUCGUACUAUCUAUUAACGGUAGUUUACCCGAGUGUGAAGAAUUCUCUCUGGUGGAAGAAAUAUAUUACACAGCUGCAAAUUAUCCAGUUCUUCCACAACGUAGUCCACAUGGGCAGCAUCAUAUUCGUGCCAACUUGUGGCUUCCCACGAUGGACGGCAGCUCUCUUUCUACCUCAGAACACCUUCAUGCUAAUCCUCUUCCUCGAUUUCUAUAUCAAGACGUAUGUCAGAAAACCAAAGGCCAAAAAGGAUGAAAAUGGAAUUGUUAAGAAACGUGAGAACAAUGAUAUUCAGCAACUUGUAAGAGCUCGUUACGUGGAGGAAAGGACUGCUGUCCGAUCAUAGCGUAGUUAGAAAAUUUAAUUUUAAUAUGUAUCUAUUUAUACAUGGAAGCGUAGUUAGUAUGAGUUUUUUUGUGUGUCGUAAGACCAAUGUCUGAAUACACAGCCGCAAUCGGUUCGCCUUCAUAUACCUAGGCCCUCUUCACAAUGGGCAGCGUUGGGCGAGUAGAAGCAAUCACGAUAGUGUAGACGGCCUAAUUCUCUAUGAUCGGCCAUCAUUGUAGAUGUUUAUUCACAAUCACCGUAAUGGCGGCAAACAUCGACGAUCAUUUGUUCGGCCAACGUUUUCGAUUGUGAAGAGGCCCCAUUAUACGUUUUAGUGUUCGUUCUGAGUAUCUCGAUGGUAUAAUGCGCUUCUUCUAAGAGGAAGGUCAAUGACCUUUAUGUGUGAAUAACGUGUCAAACGUUAUUUGAAAAAUAACUUGGGAAUCCUUUUGCUUUCUAAUUUUCUUUUGCUUGAUUAGAACAUCCAUAUUAUUCCAAAAUUUUAACGUUAUUUUCUAUCAUUAUAGGCCCGCCUCACACUACCGGAAUGCCUAUUUGAGUUCAGAGUCUUACCUUAUUAUCUUAUUUACGGUACCGUGCCUCACACAAUCAUUGCUUAAAAAUCUGAAGAAUUGACGAAGAAAGA